AUGUCGUCACGUUGUCAAGUCAAGAUUAUAACAGGUUACAGUACAGAUAUUGGUGCAAAAGGCGCACAACUGCCAGGUGGAGAAAAGCAGCGUUAUGCGAUUGCGCGUGCACUAGUACAAAAUCCCAGAAUACUUUUACUUGAUGAGCCAACAAGCGCAUUAGAUUAUGAAAACGAGAAACAAGAAGAUAUAAAAUUCAAGCUUGAUUCAAAACCGUUGACGGAAGAAGAACCUAUUUCAUUACACUAA